AUGCCUGACGGUGACUGUGUUGCCACGUGGAACGUUCCGCUCCACGCGCAAGUCCAUAAAGUGGAGUUCGAGCAUGGAACGACGACUGGAAAGAGGGUGAUUCGUGUCGAUGGAAAGGAGAUUCUCCGUCGUGACUGGAUGUUCAAGUUGGUCGGCAAGGAAAAUUUUAAAGUCGGCGAUAUGAAGUGUGUCAUCAAUGUCGAGGCUCUUGGCACUUUUGCCUAUGAGUACUCGUUGGAGGUCAACGGAAAGACAUUCAACAAGUUCAAAGAGGAGCAAAAUAAGAAGCUCCAGAGCUGGGAAACCACAAUCGCCGGACAGGAGUGGAGAGUCGUCUUGGACAAGGACUCAAUGGAGGUGUGGGCGAACGGCAAGAACAUUGAUACUGCGGGGGAGUUUGUGGACAACGGAAAUGUCACCCACUUCGAGUUGGGCACCACACCGUGCAAGAUUGUCGCGGUGAGCAGUGGAAAGAGAAAAACCGGUGUCAUCCACCUCUUCUACGUCAACGGUGACGCCGUCCCAUCGACAGCGGACUUGGCAUCCAACACAUAA